AUGGUCAUGGCAGCAGUGACAACCAAUUUCUCCCAGUUUGCUCGCUUCACAAGCCUCCCUCCAGAGCUGCGCUACCUUAUAUGGCGUUACGCAUUACCCGACAACAUUGGCCAAGUCCUGUUCCCCUAUAAAAAGGGGUGUUGGUGCCCUCGGUACUUGUCAGAAUCUGACGAGGCAUAUAACGAAUGGUGCAGUACAGUAUUCGAGUUCCGGCACGAUUUAUUAGACCCGGUCCAGUUUGAUGUACCACUAGUCUUCGUUAACAGGGAAUCCCGCGCCGUCGCCUUAGCUUGGGUUCGAAAAAUGGGCAUCCAGGUGCGCUUUCAUAGGGACAAGCAGGCCUUCGUCUUUGUGCGCCAGCUAUACCCUGUGCGUGAUGUGUUAUACGUUCCGUUUGACAAGAUAGACGAAUUCAUACUCGAGCCUAUCGAUCGCCAAUUUGAGCCAGAUCUCGUCGGCCGGAUGGUGGAUGUGCAACCAAACGUCAGACACCUCGCCGUGCCAGAGGCGCUGUUGCAGAGUGACCCUGCUGCACUACGCGAGAUAUUUGAAUUAUUAUAUCAUCCAGAAGUAUUAUUUAUUAUAAUAGGUGCGCAGCCGGAUUGGAACGACAGCAACACCAACGUAUACCAACGAUGGGAGCUCGAUGUCACGCAGGGAAGAGGCUUCUUCUGGAAUUCCGAGCAUGGCUGCUUUGACUAUAGUAUUGGACUGCCAAUCGGAGACGAAAUGCUAUGUCAGCGAAUAGAGCGAGCUGUAAAAGACUUCGGGUCAUUAUUCAUGGGAAGCCAUCUUGUGGACGGCUUCGAGAUACGACCUGUCUUUGCUGUUAGAAAAUGA